UAUCAUGUCCAGUAACACUACCAAUCCCUCAGCCCAGAUCUCCACUCUAAAAAGUAACCCACCUCAUUUCCUCCCCUACUUCCCCGCCUAAAUUCCCAACCCCAAUCCCCCACCUUUCAACCCCCUAAUUUUCCCUUCAGAAUCCCCCAGCCGCUUAUUUCUUUCCUCAAUGAUCCCCCAGUGCACCACUCAGAGCCUCAAGCUUCCUUAUUCAACGAAGGAAAUAGAAGUGACUCAGCUGACUGAGACUAAGUUUAGGAGUUCAAAGUCUGAAGGUUUUGUUCUGCCUCAGAUUUCAGGAAGAGGAGUGGAGGGUAGAAGAGAUUUUCAGAAUAAACUGUUACUUAAACGAAGCAAGAUGAACAUCUAUAACCUCAAAGUUAAUACUGAGAAGAGCAAAUUAAUGAACCCCUUCCAAGCCAUCAAGGAUAUGAAGAACCUCAGUUACCAAGACAGCCCGACCUCAGCAGAAACUAAGAGCUCAUGAAAAACUGUAGGAAAUCUGAGCUAUAUCUUUGUCAAACCUAAGAGCUCCCAAAAGAAUACUAAGGAAGAACUGGUUAAUGAAUUUCUAAACCAGCAAGGAGUCUUCCAAAUCAACUUGCCUGUGGCUCUGAAUGAUUACAGUUUCAGAAAUCAGUAA